AUGCGUGUUCGGUGGUUCUGUGUCGUUAUAUUUAUUAUUCACGGACUUAAAUGCACUGCAUUACCUCCAGCGGCUUUGGGAGAUGUUGUGGCGAAUGCAGCGAGUAGCUUAAACUCUAUGAAGGUAACAGGAGCAUGGCGAAGAUUAUCGAGUACAGUGAGCGAGUCAGUUGGCUUAAAACAUGCUUUAAGACGACUCCAAGCAGUACCAGCUAGAGCGGCUCGAUUGGUCCACGCCUUAGUGGACCGCAUGCGAGUGGGCGGUGGUCCCAUUGUUACUACGAUAUAUGGUUCCUUACGUGGUCGCAGGGUUGUGGCCAGGACCAAUAUCCAAACGCCAUUCUAUAGUUUCAAAGGAAUAAGAUAUGCUCAGCCACCUCGAGGUCCACUGCGUUUCCGACCUCCGGCGCCAUUGGAGCCAUGGUCAGGCAUUCGUGAUGCAGUCGAAGAAGGUGCUGUUUGUCCUCAUCGAUUCAUGUUAUUUGAUACGUACAAAGGCGAUGAAGACUGCUUGUACCUAAAUGUUUACACACCAGCAUUGCCGGAUAAACUGUCCGGGUAUAAUCCGAAACUCGCAGUGAUGGUUUGGAUUCAUGGAGGUGCAUUCGCGGUUGGUUCAGGAAAUGCCUUCCUAUAUGGGCCGGACCACCUCGUUGGAGCAGGAGUAGUUCUUGUCACGUUGAACUACAGGCUUGGAGCGUUGGGCUUUCUGAGCUUGGAAAAUGAAGAAGUUUCUGGCAAUAUGGGAUUAAAGGAUCAAGUCAUGGCGCUGAAAUGGGUGCGUGAUAACAUAGAGUCAUUCGGUGGUGAUCCGCAACGUAUCACGAUUUUUGGAGAAUCAGCUGGUGCUGCUUCAGUACACUUGCAUAUGCUCUCUCCGGCUUCAAAGGGCUUGUUCCACGGCGCAAUAGCGCAAAGCGGCGUAGCUCUCUCUCCAUGGGCGCUCGCGCAGGAUCCUAAGGAACGCGCUUUUGAACUGGGGAGAGAGCUUGGCAUCGAUACUAAUAGCACUGCCGAAUUGCUUGGCUAUCUCCGUGCUACGCCAAGCGAGCUUCUAGUAAAAGCAGGUGCGCGUCUUGUUGGUGCGAGUGGCGCGGCUAAGUCUGCCGACCUGCGAGGCACCGUGGCGCUACCUUUCCUACCUGCGGUAGAGCCACCCAUACCCGGCGCCUUUCUUACCGAAGAUCCCCGCACGCUACUACCGGGCGCUGACGUGCCGUUCAUGACUGGGUAUAAUGCUCAGGAAGGCAUCAUAUUAUUUAGACGACUCCAACGCUAUCCAAAACUACUGAGUGAACUAGAACACGAAUUUAGACGAGUAGUUCCUCCUGAGCUAAUAUCUUCAGAUGAGGAGCGAUCAAACAAAAUCACGGACCAAAUUCGAGCCUUCUACUUUCAACAGCGGCCUGUGGACAUGCGGAACAUUGACAGCCUUAUAGACUUAUUCACAGAUGUAAUGUUUUUGAGACCAGCAUUGGAGACUCUAAGGUUACAAGCAAAAACAAAUAGAACAAGUCCAACUUAUCUCUACCGAUUUGCGUUUGAUGGUGCUCUUGGACUUUUCAAACGAAUGUUGGGAAUCACACAUCCAGGAGCUUGCCAUGGAGAUGAAAUGGGAUAUCUUUUCUACUUCUCUAGGUUAAACUAUAGAUUAGACGAUAAUUCGCCAGAAUUAGCAGUGUCCAAGAAAAUGGUGCAAUUGUGGACGAACUUCGCCAAAACUGGAAACCCAACGCCUCCAGUUGACUAUGAAUCAGUAGUCGAUUUCACAUGGCUGCCCGUAAAUGAUACAACUCAUGUAAACUUCCUCGAUAUUGCUGGGAACUUCACUCUUCGAUUUGAUCCUGAAGCUAAAAGAGUUCGCUUUUGGGAUUGGCUCUUUGAGAGUUAUGCUGAAUCCUCUAGGAAUACGAGUAUAUACGAACAAGUAAAUGGAACUAACAAACCAAUCGUAUCUCAAAAUAGUGAUAUU